AUGAUUUUUAUAUGUUCCAACCUGUACUUGGCUGGAAUCUGGAGCUUUGAAAGUUUGGCUUACCUUCGGUUCACCUGGAAGCUAUACAGGAGGCCUGGCUUCAGAUAUUGUGUGGGUCUCAUGUGUAUUGGCCCUGUGUUCUUGCCUUUGCUGUGGAUAUUUCAGAUUUUGGCUUUCGAUUUGCAAAGCCAAUGGACAGUAUUGGGACAGAGCAUUCCGAGUGGCCUCCUACUGCUAUUCGCAUUGGACUUCCUAGCAUUCCCCGCAACGCCAGUCCACGAGUGGUCGAGCAACGACGAGCAGCUGGCCAGCACCCAGUUCAGGCGCUCCCUGCUGCACUUGUUCCUCGGGGGCAACAACAGCUUCGGGAUGAAGCUGAUAGAUGCACUCUGGACUGCCGAGCACGGCGACCUCUCGCGGCUCGAGCGGUACUUGGCGGACCCCAGGCAGGCGCCCUCGGUGCUGGCGCUGUGCCGCCGGGAGCAGCGGGCGGAGGCCGAGGACAGGUCCGGGCGCCUGCGCCGGAAGGCAGCGCCCGGCGCGGAGGGCAGCGACGGCCCGGCCGAGUGA